AUGUCUAAAUCGGUUGCUAGAUUAAAAUCAAUGAAAAAAGUGGCUGAUAAAGUCGAUCAUUCGUCCAAGUUACGGACGAAUAUUCCUGCAGGAAUGGCUGCUGCUGGACCACCUUUAGGACCUAUGCUUGGCCAGCGCAAUAUAAAUAUCGCAGCGUUCUGCAAAGAUUUUAAUGAACGGACAGCUAACAUCAAACCUGGUAUACCCCUACCUACAAGAGUUAAAGUUAAUUCCGAUCGAUCUUACCAACUUACUAUUCAUCAACCUCCUGCUACAUAUUUUUUAAAACAGGCUGCUGGUGUAAGUCGGGGUGCUAUGCUUCCUGUAAGGGAAACUUGUGGCAAAAUUACAUUGAAACAUAUAUAUGAAAUCGCUAAAAUUAAGUCUCAGGAUCCACCACUUGAAUGGAGGCCUUUACAAGAAAUAUGUACAAUGUUAAUAGCAACAGCAAGGACAUGUGGAAUUGAAGUUGUAAGAGAUCUUGAUGCUAAGGAAUAUGGUGAAUUCCUUGAAGAAAGAAAACAAGUAAUAGAAGAACAAAAGAAAAUGCUACAAGAGAAGCGAGAAGCCAAAAUGUUGAGAACAGCGUAA